AUGGCAGCAACAACUAUUUCUAUUGAAGAAGACCAGUUUUCUUGUUCAGUGUGUCUGGAGGUUUUGAGAGACCCGGUUACGAUCCCCUGUGGACACAGCUACUGUUUGGACUGCAUUGAUGACUACUGGAACAGGGCCAAGCAGAAAGGCCAGUACAGCUGCCCACAGUGCCGGCAGGUGUUUAACCCGAGACCUAAGCUGAGUAGAAACACAGUUCUUGGGGAAGUGGUGGAGAAGUUUCAACGAUCUGGAGUUCAAGCUGCAGCUCAAAACUUGGCCAAAAAACCCGAGGAGGUGAUAAAAUGCAGCGUUUGCACGGUGCGUAAAAGCAAAGCUGUUAAAUCGUGCCUGGUGUGCUCCGAGUCUUACUGCGCGGCUCACGUGAAAGUCCACGAGGAACGCUUUCACGGGAAGAGCCAGCACAAGUUGAUCCCAGCUGCGGAUCAGCCCAGAGAGAAGUUACUGUGCCCACAUCACGACAAAGCACUGAGGCUGUACUGUCGCACCGACCAGCAGUGUGUGUGCUCCCAGUGCGUUAAAGAGAGACACAAGGGCCAUGACACAGUCCCCGUGUUCGAGGAGAGAGCAACACAACAGAAAAAACUCCAAGAAGCCUCUUUGAAGUCUGUGCAGAAAUUGAAGGACACUGAGAAGGAACUUAGAUAUGUUGUCCGAUACAUCAAGCACUCCACAGAAGCAGCGGUGGAGGAGAGUGAGAGGAUUUUCUCCAAGCUGAUCCGCUCCAUAGAGAAACAAAGCAGUGAGGUGAAGGAGGUGAUGAGAAUCCAGGAGAGAGCAGCUGUCAGUCAGGCUGAGGAGCUGCUGGAGAAGAUGCAGAGGGAGACCGUUGAGCUCAGGAGGACCGAUGCUGAGCUGGAGAAGAUUUCUCGCACUGAGGACCACGUCAACUUCUUUCAGAAGUGCAAGUCUCUUCAUUUCCCUACAAAGACUGUGGAGAUGCCCAGCACUGAUGCACUUCAAUAUAGUAUGUAUAAAACCAUGAGAGGAGCCCUGGCUGAUCUCAGAGGCAGUCUGGAUGAAACACUUGAAAGAGAAUUCAACAGGAUCUCUGAUAAAGAUCACAAAGAUAUAAUCCUAGACCCGAACACAGCCAACCCUUAUCUAAGCCUCUCUGAAAGUCGAAGAGCAGUGACCACACGGUCGGAGCCACAGCCCUACCCAGACCACCCACAUCGCUUCUCCAGCUGGGCCCAGGUGCUGUGCAGAGCUGGGAUGGCUGGACGCUGCUACUGGGAGGUAGAGUGGGCUGGUAAUGGAGGGGUUUCCAUCGGCGUCUGCUACAAAAACAUGGGCAGGAGUGGAGGAGGGAGCGACUGCAAGCUUGGACAUAACUCCAAAUCCUGGAGCCUGGACUGCUCUCAUUUGGCCUGUUCAUUUCAGCACAACAAGGAGAGUGUAACCGUCGCCGCCACCUGCUGCACCAGAAUAGGAGUGUAUCUGGACUUUAGGGAUGAGUGCACUCCAUCAACAGUUCUCAAGUAA